CCACCUGCUGGCCGGGGGUGGGUUUCCAGAGGCCCGCCCUGCCGUGCUCUGAUUGGGUGCUUUUGACGGGGCAGGUGCGGCCUCUGAUUGGUCCGGCUGGCGCGGUCGCUGAUUGGGCGUCGCGCGGAGGGGAGCGUUGGCCAGGCGGCGGUUGGGAUUCGGAAGGCGCGGAGCACGUGGCAGCGGGAGCGGUGGGGUUUUGGCGCCGCCCACAAGGGCAGAGGUCGUGGGGCGCCGACCCCCAGCUGGGGAUGGCACCCGGGCGUCCGGCUCCAAGCACUCCCUGCUCUGACCACUAAACCCUACUGCCUUGCCACGUGUGACGUCACGGGGGCAUCGUGUGACCUCACGGGGAUAGCGGUGUGGUCACAGCGAGUGCUUCCCCAUGCAGGCCCCAGCUCCCAGAAAGAAGCCAUCCUGGAGGCUUCACCCCUUGCAUCAAGUGCCAAGACACUGUUUCUCCCCGCUCCAGGCCCCAGUUCUUCUCCCUGGCACCAUGGCCCAGCAGGCGGUGGUGGCCCCAGCGCCCACCCCAGAGCCGCCCAUCCUGGGGGGCCUGCGCUGGUACCAGAUCCCACUGUCCUCGCUGCGGGCGCCCAGCACGGGCCUCUUCAGCCGCCGCUUUCAGGACAGCCUGCAGCGCUACCGCCAGCUGCGCCUCGCCAAGCGCCUGCGUGUCGGCCGCCCCUACGCUCUGCUCGGGGACCCCGGCCCGGCCUCCCCGCCUGCCCAGGAUGGCAGGAGCCAGCGACCUAGAGGCAGUAGAGCCCGGAGCAGCCUGGGCCUUGCCCCAUGCCGAGCAGCCUCCAGGCACCGGCGCGGCUCCAGGGCCCCCCACCGGAAGUCCAAGAGGAUGCCACAUCUGCCACAGGGCACCAACACCAGCCCUGAUGAGGCCUUCCCAGCUGACUGGAGCCCUGUGCAGCUGGACUUCCUUUGCCAGGCUGGUAUGGUGUCCCCCAGCCAGGAUACGGCUGGAUCUGGGGAGAAGCAGGACGAUGAGGAAGAGCUGUUGCCCCUGGCGCAGCUGCUGGGGGGAGCAACACGGAUCCCCCCGGAGCCUGGCAUGGGCCUGCAGCCAGAUCCUGAUGUCAACAGUCUGGCAGCACUGCUGCAGGAGAGAAGUGCUGCCAUGCCCAGGGCCUGGUGCUUGGUGGGCGAGGGGCUGCCAACACUGCCCGAUGACAGCUCCGAAGAUUCACCCGAUGACACACCAAUGCCCGAGGAGCACAGGCUGUUUCUGGAGCGCUUUGCACUGGGCACCAGUGAGCUGCCAGACUUUCCCCCUGGGGAGGGCAUCUUUGGGGAGGCCAUGCCUACCCCUGCGUCCCUCCCAGCUGUGUGUGUCCAUGGCCUGGCACCCCAGAGCCCUCUUGAGGCUGCUUUUCUCAAUGCCACGCCAGCUGGGCAGGUCACCUUUGUGCGCACUGGGCUGCUCACUCUGCUGUACCGCGAUGUGCUGGCCUGCCCCCCACCUGUCCUGCACUGGCUCUUCCAGCUGGCAUCGCAGCCUGCAGGUGCUGCCCCUAGUGCCUUCCAGGCCCUGUGGGAGAUCAGCAUGCAGCAGAUUGAUGCACCUGGUCAGUGCAGGCAUGGGGGAGGGUGGAUGGCUUUGCCUAUUUCCCCUGCCAUGGCUGGGCCUAGUGCUCACGGCAGGGGCAUGGGGACCCUGCCCAUCUCAUGCCUUCUCUUCCCCCCUACAGAGCUGUGGUGCCCAUCACUGGGUGAGGUGGGGCAGGCACUGCAGCGCCUGGGUGCCCACCAGGCCACCCUCAGCCUGCUGCCCCUGGAGCUGCUGCCCCCUGCCCCCAGCUGCCCCCCGUCACUGGCGCUGGAAGGCACCGAGGGCACAGCCUACUCUACAGGCGUGCUGGGGGCGCAGCUCAGUGACAUCUACAAGUACCUGACACUGUGCGUGCUGGUGCGGCCCGGGUGUUACCCAGACAGGCAGCGCAGGGCCCUGGUGGCCCUACUUUGCCGCCUCAGCCUGGUGCACCCACUGCGGUACCAGCCCUGCCCUGACCUGCAGCAGUUACUCUGUGCUCUUCUUGACGGCAUGGACAACUGGCACCACCAGCUCCCGGCACUGUGCGGGGCCCUGGCCCAUGUCUCACAGCACCAUCACAACCUGGUGACCGUGGUUCGGCUGCUCCCAGAUACCACGGCCAGGGGCAGGCAGCUGCGCCAGCACUUGAGCCUCUGUCUCAUCUCCCGGCUCCUGGGGAUGCCUGAUGGGACCGUGGUGCCCUCCACCAAGGAGGGACAGCUGCGCCAGCUGUGCUGCCUCCUGGCCCUCAUGAAGCCGGCUGCCCUCAGGUGCCACCUGCCACCUCCAGGGCCCUGGAGUCCUGGCCUGGACUGGGAGGCUUGCUAUCUGUGCUACAGCCUCCUGAGCCUGGCUGACACGGCCAUGGGCACCGAGUGCUCAUCUCCGGAGCACAAGUGUCUGUGGCAGGAGCUGUGUGCCCAGCUGCAGCGGCACCUGGGCUCUGGCCUGCCUGAAGGUCCUGGCCUGCUCUUUGUCACCCAGCUCAAGUGUCUCGUCACCUACACCUACGUCAAGUGGCAGGCAACACUGACCCAGUGCCCAUCCCAGGUUAGGGUGCUGACUGGCACCAGGGCAGGCACAGGGCCCUUGCAUUGCUGGCAUAGCCCCUCCAUGGCAGGUGGGCAGGGCGGUGGUGGCACCAUGGGAACUGGGAAAGAACUCUGGAGUCUUGGCACCCAGCUAGUGCCCCCUCUCCAUGCCAUCCAGCUGCUGCUGCUACCCAGCCAUCUGGGCUCCCCCACUCCCCCCAAGUGUCUCCAGAUGGGCAUAGGGGGCACAGCUGGCUCCCAGAUGGGGGCUGCAAUCCAGCCCCCCCACCCCAGCCCCAUGAGAUAUAAUUGAGGAGCUGCUGAUGAGGUCACAGCUGCACCCAAGCUGGUUCCGGUCCUGGGGAGUUGGCAGGGUGGGGGUGGGGGGCAGCAGCAGAGCCAGGAAAGGAACCCAGAUGGCCAGGUGUCCCGGUGUCUGUGCCCCCAGGAGCUGCACUACCUACACUGGAUGGAGUCAUAGCUGUGUUGCUGUAGGGCAGUACCUGGUGCCUGGAGGGGGCAGCUGGCUAUGCCCCUCACCUGAAAUCCAGCAGCCCCCUCAUCCCCGUUCGGUUGCUGUGGUGUUGCUGUAUCUAGGGUGUUGUCACAGGGAUCAAUAAACACUGUUGCCAGGACAAUGUUGGGGGCCUGUGAUAUCCAUGCCCUUCUCAGUGCCUGCCCUGGCACUGGCAAAGAGGGGGUUAAUGAAGGUACUGCCCAGCCCUUGCCCCCUGUGCCAGCCCCUCCCA